CAUUGUUUCGCUCCAGCAUUAACCACAUUCCAGAGAGGCGGAGUGCACCCCGUCCACUUCCUCGCAUUCCUUCUCCACAAACGAGUCCCUUGCGCUAAAUUGUGUCUAAAACGUGUUUUGGCGCACUCUGUGUCUUUUAAUAUGCAAGAUGUGGCUGUUAGUGGUGUAUUGCAAUAUUUUCUCAACCUCAAAUUUACAUUUGAGACUCUUUUGGAAAACUGGAUAAAAACUGACAAGGGAAAAUUCCUCCGCGCAGCGCGCCAUUGACUGUAAAGACCUUUCAACUUAACAAAAACUGAAGUUGACAAACGUAUCCUGACGUUGAAACUUUGUUGUAAGGGUUUAUGUUUUCGAAGAAAAAGAUCAUGCACUGCUCCGGGAUUUCCAAGCACACUGGCCGUUCAGCAAAUAGGCGACGAUGCCUGGAUUGAGCCUGCGUUUUGUUAUGAUUUCCAAGUGAAAUGCAAUUACUGCUAUCUCUCACUCGGUAGUCGGUUUGUGGGCUAGUGCGCUUUUUCUCUGAACUUGUUUGUCGCCAAGGGAGCAAACCAUGGAUCACUAUGAGGAAGAUUUGGGACUCCGGGCGAGUAAAUUAAUGGAGGACCUUUCCUUAUAUGAAGCAUACAAGGAUGGAAUGUACAGUUCAAGGAGAGACAUGGUUAUCAACCCCGAUUUGGAAUUUUCGUCUCCAACGAUACCCGAGCAGAAAAGUAAGACAAUGAAUGGCAGCUCUGCGCCUCACCAACAGAUACACAGCGUUGAGAAUUACAUGUCUGGGAAUAAAGUGUACACUGCGGCUCCCGUGCGCCCCGUGUAUGGCAACAGAGCCGUUCCUGUGGAUUAUUGCACCCCUCAAAGAGACACAGUUUAUCCUAAUGAAGACAGCUAUUGCACCAAAUCCGAAAUUGCUUUGCCGUGUUAUAGCGGCGCGUCCGAGCGGCACAGGAGGUACUCAUUGGAGGUGCAGGGGCAUAGGUACAGCACUGGUAGCGCGUACGAUGGAGUGGUUUUGAACAAGCCAGUACCCUCACCUGGCAACAGAUGCAACAGUAUCUGUGUUACCACCAACCACGACGGCAGAUACAAUGCAACCAGCCCGCGGUCCAGUUUCGCAAGCUCCCUCUCCUCCCAGGAGCAAAGCAAACAUGCAAGCCCGAGGUCGAGCAUCAGUAGCCCGCGCACGAGUCUGGUGGUACCCGGGCAAGACAAGUACACUAGUCCCAGGUCCAGUCUGGUACACUGRGAAGGGAGCAGUGCCCUCAGCCCCCGGUCUAGCUAUGCAAGUACAGCCAGCGACACAAGUAAACAUUCCAGCCCAAGGGCCAGUCUGAACAGCUAUGACUGCUGCAGUAAACCCAGCAGUAACCGCACCAGCGGCAUCAGUAUGGGCUACGACCAAAGGCACAUCAGCCCCAGGUCCAGCACAGCGAGCCAGUAUUCUUGUACCACCAGUCCACGCUCUAGCUAUUCAGAUUCGCGUUACAUGCCUGUMGYGAACCAUGAUCUGGAGGGUGCAGUUUUGCAUGGCAUGCCGGUGGCCAGUCCCCGGUCAAGCAUCUGCAGCCAGGACGGGUGCGCAAGACCCGGGACAAUAGCUAAUUGUGUCGUUAGUCCCCGGUCCAGUAUCUCCAGUCACAGUUCCAGAAGUUCCCGGAGCUCCAGGGGAUCUAUGAGCACKUACCCWGAUCUCCAACUGCCUUCACCCAGGUCCUCAAUGCUGGGGACUGGUUUGCAGGAGGACAUACUAARACAAGARUGUGGCGAUACCAACGGUGUUCAUAGUCGUAUCCAUCUCCAAGCGCUCUCUGGGAUGCCAGAGGCCCUGCCACAGCAUGCACCACAACAGUCAACCCAGGCAGGGAUGAAUACAGAGGUGACCGCUGGAUCACCAUCAUCUUCUUAUGGGCUCCAUACGAAAACUCCAGCCUCAGGGCAGAGGUUUAAACUACCUUACCAGGUGACCCCAUGCCGGGAAAGUGGCCCAAGCCAAGCYGAAAGGAGUCUGGAAGCACUCACCUUGGAGCUGGAGAAGGAGUUAGAAAUGCACAUGAAAAAAGAAUACUUUGGUAUCUGUAUCAAGUGUGGGAAGGGUGUGUAUGGAGCCAGCCAAGCCUGUCAGGCCAUGGGGAAUCUGUACCAUACCAACUGCUUCACCUGUUGCUCCUGUGGGAGGAGGCUGAGAGGGAAAGCUUUCUACAACGUCCACGGCAAGGUCUACUGUGAAGAGGACUUCCUGUACUCUGGCUUUCAGCAGACGGCAGAGAAGUGCUUUGUAUGUGGUCACCUCAUCAUGGAAAUGAUCCUGCAGGCACUGGGCAAGUCCUACCACCCUGGCUGCUUCCGCUGUGUGGUCUGCACAGAGGGUCUGGACGGAGUGCCUUUCACUGUGGACGUGGAGAACAACAUCUACUGUGUUAAAGACUACCACACGGUCUUUGCCCCAAAAUGUGCCUCAUGCAACCAACCAAUCCUCCCUGCUCAGGGCUCUGAGGAGACCAUCCGGGUGGUGUCCAUGGACAAGGACUACCAUGUGGAGUGCUAUCACUGCGAGGACUGUGGCCUCCAGCUAAACGACGAGGAGGGUCACCGCUGUUACCCCCUGGAUUGCCACCUGCUCUGUCACGGCUGCCACAUCCGCAGGCUAAAGGUCCCGGUGCCCGCCCACCCGCCCCCCAGCUACCCACUACACGUCACUGAGCUGUGAGAGGGCAGGGUCGGCGAGGAACCAACCCCAACCCACCGCUGACCCGCCUCCCAGGUGACCUGAGACAACAAAGAAGAAGGAAUCCCCCGCCCACGGAAUCCCGGGAACUUCGGAACAGACAGACCCUGGGAGACUUCGCUCUCUACUUGCCGGCCGUGCCCUGGGGAGAGGAGAUAUACAGGGCAAUGGACAAGUCACAAGACCGGGCUGGGAGAGAGUCCACGUCUCUCUCUCUCUCUCUCAUCAGUUUUUUUCUCCCUCCUUCCUCCUUUUGGUCUGUGAACAGUGAAGCAGGCCGAGGCCCCAGCCCACCCAGAGGCCCUGGCCGACGUCAGCACCGUGACCCCUGCACAUUCAUCACAGUGGGGACUGGCCUGGAUGGAGAGAGGGGGUCACUCUCUCUAUCCCUCUCUCCAUCACUCUCUUUUUCCCUCCCUUUUUGUUUUCUUCAUUCCUUCGCACUGAAGCCCAAUGCCAUGAUGCAUUUACUGCUCCUCUGUCAGAGAGAGAGAGAGAGAGAGAGAGAGAGAGAGAGAGAGCAGGACAGCGUCUCUGCCAGGAGGCUGGGAGGCCAUGAAACAGGCCGCUCAUAACAUUCCAGCACUGUCUGGCAGGGUUAGAGGGUUGGACAUGCUGUGCCUUCAGAGUGGCCUUCCACUGAGAAACCUCACCGCAUGGUAACAGUGCCACAGUCCAGCUAGCUACAGCUCCUUUUGGCUAUGCAAGGGUACCGAGUCUACCAGCCACAACCGAGCGCCUUCAUGUGACUCUGUGACACACUCUCUUGUACCAUCCCUUCAUGUGACUCUGUGACACAGUCUCCUGUACCAUCCCUUCAUGUGACUCUGUGACACAGUCUCCUGUACCAUCCCUUCAUGUGACUCUGUGACACACUUUCCUGUACCAUCCCUUUGCUCCAGUGCUCCUUGGCAUAGCGGAUGUUCGUGGCACCGCAUGUGCUGUCAGUAGCCAGUAGCCACAGCGCUAGCCUGGGCAGGCACUCAUUCCACUUAGCAGUCUUAGAAGACGUGACCUCGAGAGAUUCACAAGCAGUGUCUCAACGAUUAUAUAAUGAGAAAAAAAGUUAGAAGCACGUAGAUUGUCUUUUAUACAUGCCUAUAUAUUUUGCAGACAUUUUCCACAUAAGAUUCUAGAAGUGUAGUGUAUUUUUUUGCUGCAUUAUUAUCAAAUGGAAUCGGAGGCCAAACGAGCUGUCACAGUCUUUAACGGUCCUCUGAAGGGUAUUGGUCUGUUGUUUAAUUUCUCCUCAAGGACACGUCCUAGAGGCCCCUGUGUUCUCGCUCUGCUUGGUCAUGCGAUCCACAGACCUGUUAACAUGUACAGUUCCACACACUGGUUAUUUGACCCAUAUGGUAGCACUGAGUAAGUGAGUGUCUGACCAUCGAGAGUCCCCACAUAUCCUCCUCAUGCAGACGUUACUGUGUCAUACCUACUGGUUGAUCUGAUUGUCUGGUUGGUUGUGGGAGUUGCUGGUCCAAACCGUGUCUCUGGGGAAUCCAUUCCCCGUGUUUUCCCUCGCUGGUUGUGUUGUUGUGUGCGUCUGUGUGUGUGUGUGUGUGUGUUAGUCUGUUGGUCUAUAGACACUGAGUG